GCAAAGCUAAUGACUCAAGUAAAAUACGGAUCUGGGGAAGUAAAAAUCUGGGGGCCGCGUUCUCCUGCAUUCAAACAUCAUUCGAGGUCUGCGACGAAAUGGCCGCCAUUGGACCAGACCCACCGACCGAGGACUUCAGCCACAUAGAAGAGGAAGACAUUGCGCCGACCAAGCAGGAAGUAUCCUCGGCGUCUUAUGUGACAAGGAUCGCGUCCAUCGAGCCGCCUCCCAAUGGCGGAUGGGUAGCAUGGUCGCAAGUGCUAGGCGGGCACAUCAUCACGUUCUUUACUUGGGGUUUUAUCACUUCCUUUGGCAUGUUUCAAGCGCACUAUACCUCCAUUGGUCUCUCAACACCAUCCAACAUCUCAUGGAUUGGCGCACUUACUGUUUUCUUCCUGCUCUCAAUCCCUCUCUGGUCAGGUGCAGCGUCAGACACGGGACAUUUCAAGCUUGUGCUACGUAUAGGUAUUGGACUGUGGCUUAUUGGUAUCUUUAUGACAAGCAUUUGCAAAGAGUACUGGCAAUUUGUGCUUGCCCAAGGGGUUUGCAUUGGGGUAGCAAACGGAUGCAUGUUUGUUCCUAUGGUCUCUGUUAUCUCAACAUAUUUUGAUGCAACCAAACGGAGUUUUGCAAUUGGCAUUACGUUAUGCGGCUCAGGAACAGGAGGUCUAGUUAUCCCAAUCAUGCUCAACAGGCUGAUUGACCGUAUUGGUUUUGGCUGGGCGUUGAGGGUAUUAGGAUUCAUGGCUCUGGUCAUGCUGUUGGUUGCGGAACGGCUGCUCAAGAAACGUCUCCCACCAAAGAGCUCAGUCAAAAUGCUCGAAUUGAGCGAGUUGAAGGAUGCAGUCUUCGAUCUUUUUAUUCUCGGCUCGGUAUUCUGCUUUGCAGGUCUCUGGUUCGCUUUUUUUUACAUUAAUGCCUACGCUCGGAGAACCCUAGGUCUGACGCUGGAAGAAUCAAUACCGCUCUUGUUGGUGCUAAAUGGCGUUGGUAUACCAGGGCGUUUACUGCCAGCUUAUAUCGCAGAUCACUAUUGCCGACCACUGACUAUCAGCUUAGUCGUCAGUUUUGUGACUGCACUUCUACUUUACUGCUGGAUUGCGAUUGAGUCGACGGCUGGCAUGUAUGCCUUCGCAACGCUAUAUGGAUUGUUUGCUGCGGGCUUGCAAGCCAUGUUCCCUGCAACACUAGCUGACCUAACCUUGGACACUAAGAAGGUUGGAACAAGAAUGGGUAUGGGAUUCGCGUUGUCCAGUUUUGGUUGUCUCAUUGGAGGCCCUGGUGGAGGAGCAUUGGUCGAGGCUGGCAGUGGGUCGUUUCUGUAUGGACAAGUGCUUGCUGGCUCAUGCGGUGUAUUAGGAUUUGCGUGUUUUCUGGCUGCGGCACUGAUACACAAGAAGCAAGCAAAGCAUCUGGAAGACGUAUAAGUCAGUUUUACAAUAGUUUGUCUGAUCCACACCCUUGGUGGAAGAUGAUCAUCAGCCCAAUCACUUGUUUCCUGAUG